CACAACAAACACCACAUGGAAGAGGAUUUCCAUUUUCGAUUACUACGGAUCUCGAUCAUCCAGCUCCUCAAGAGCCACGGUUUUGACAAGUCCAAGUCCAGCACCGCCGACGUGGUUACAGACCUUUACGUUAACAUGCUUGAUCUUUUGGUGACCAAAGCGGUUCGGUUUUCCAACCUCAGGAAUGAUGAUAUGAAAGCAAUAGAUAUUCUUCAGGCCAUGCUCGAGGUAGGUCUACUCAAGAACAGUGACAACACCAAGUAUAACACCAAGAGUGUUGACAGCUUCAAGAACUGGCUUCUGUCGCUAACCUUCAAUACCAGUAAACAAGUCAAUCAAGUGCCUGGUAACCUCAAAAAAGUGAUAAUAGAGAAUCGAAACUUCAAGGACGAAAUGAACGACGAAGAGGAAAAACUCCGAAGAUUGAAGAAAAAGCAGGAUUUUUUCAACAGCUUCGGACAGGCUGAUGAUAACACCCACGCAGAUGGAAUGGGGGCUUUCGAUGAUGACGAGGUGAAUAUCGACAUCAACUGGGUGGAUUACUUGAUCGAAAAAGACAGCAAGUUCAGCAACAAAAAGUUUGAAGAUACCAGCUUGGGCCCUACCGUUUCUACCGGCAAUGGUGUCGCAGGAGACUACUUGGUGGAAGCUUCGACCGACCACGUGAACCAGUUUCUUCCUAUAAACAUAAAAUAUGACGAUCGGUUCGAAGAUGAGGUGAUAUAAUUACGAUCGGCGCCUUUGGAAUCCGAUCCUAAGUACGACGGUGAUGAUUGCACUGGAUAUAAAGUACGACGGGCGCAUUCGCAAUCCCAUAUAAUAAAGUACGAUGGCAGGGGUCAGCAAGCCUGGAACCAUCGGAAACGGACAUAAAGUACGGCAGGUAUACCACGGUACAGCUACACGUACUGCAGAACCCGGCCCAACAAUCACAUCGCUAAGCAGGCCCUGGCCCCCAAACACGAAACACAAAAACACAGGAGUCGGGACACAAGGCAGUUCCCUUGUUAAGCGAGGAAAAGGCUUGAGACCCUCAAAUCACCAACUAGUACCGAGCCCACUAGCCGCCUGAAAAGUAGUUGGAACCCAACAAACUAAAUUACUCCCGAUCCAGAUUCAUUGUAUAGGAUUACAUACCAUUCACCCCAUUGUAUACGACCGUUGUCCCCUUAUUAUACAUCUUCAAAUAAUCAUAUUGAAAAUGAGAAUUUGACCCAAUUAGG